ACACCACAGUUGUCCAAAUUAAAGCGCCUAAUAAAUCACAUGAAUUGCUCUAUUGCUCAGCAUACGUGCAUGGUUAGCUAUUCUGCAUAACUGUUCCCGGACUCUGUCCUUUCCUUAUUCAGCUCUCUCAAAAUACAUUUCUCGCAAAAUAUAGAUCAAAGGAUGGAUUGGAAGAAGAGAUUUAAGGAGUCGAAAGUGGCGAUGGGGAUGUUGGUGGUUCAAGGCUUUGCGGUGGGGUUACAGAUACUUUCGAGGAUAAUACUUACUCGAGGAACCUUCAUUUUUGCUCUUAUGACUUAUCGUCAGAUUGUUGGCGCUGUCUGCGUUGCGCCUCUUGCUUUCUACUAUGACCGAUCUCAUUUUAAGAAAUUGACGCGGCUAGCUUGUUUCUGGCUCUUCAUGGUCGCUUUAACCGGGAUAUCAAUGGCUAUGGGACUUUAUUAUUACGGCCUACGGGAUACCACAGCAACAUAUGCCACAAAUUUCCUCAAUUUAAUUCCAAUUACUACCUUCAUCUUCUCUGCAAUUUUCAGAAUAGAGAAGCUGGGAUUGCACACAAGGGUCGGAAAAAUCAAAAUAAUGGGAGCAAUGAUAUGCCUGACAGGCGCGCUGACUGUUGCUCUGUACAAAGGCCCUGCAGUCAUCAGCCAUCACGACGCGCAUCCCCUGGUGGUUGAAAAACAUAAGCCCAAGUAUCUGCGCGGUUCCAUGUUUUUGGUGGGAAGCGUCUUGUGUUAUGGUUUGUGGUUCAUCUUUCAGGUGAAGCUGUUCAAGGUUUUCCCUUGCAAAUACAUGUCAACGAUGCUGAUAUGCAUCACUGCAGCAGUUCAACAAGUUGUUGUUGGAUUGUGUAUCGAUCACUCCAAGUCCUCGUGGAGAUUAGGCUUCGACCUGCAGCUAAUCAAUAUCCUUUAUUCGGGAGCAUUCGCGACAGCUGCAACUUUCUGUUUGGUGUCGUGGGCGGUUGCAGAACGAGGACCAACAUAUCCCUCAAUGUUCAACCCUUUGUCUCUGAUCACUAUAGCCGUCGUGGAAGCAGUUUUUAUGAGUGAAAAGCUCAAACUGGGAAGCUUGAUUGGUAUGCUUGUGAUCAUAGCAGGGCUGUAUGCCUUUUUGUGGGCAAAGAACAAGGAAUUCAAAAACAUGAACCAAACAAUAUCAGUAACAGCAGCCUCCACUGAAUUACCCGUGACGAAUGGUAGUAGCAAUAAUAAUGAAACGAACAAUGCAGGUUGCGAUCAAGCUGCAAAAUUGCGCUGUCCCUCGACUGUGGCUCCAACUAGUUCACCUGAUGAACAUGCCGACGUGACUAUCGCAGACACAGUGAAAAUAACAGUGUAAUUAGGAUCAUAAUAAUGUAACAAAAUAAUCAGAAUGCACUAAUGGAUCAGUGUAUAUACGUAAGUUGUGUGUUAUGCUUUCGGCGUCCCAUUCAUUUCUGUACAAUUUCUAUUUUGGAAGUCCUUCUCAUUUUUAUAC